AUGUUUGUCGCGGCAGUGUGCGUGUUGCCCGCGCUUCGCAGAAAUCGAGCGUCUGCGCUCUUGCUUUUUCACGUGCUUCUGCGACUGUUCCGCUCGCCCGAGCGGCCGCGCUUCACGUGCGAGCGAGACGACGAUAUUUGCGCGCUUGCUUCUCGCUGCGCGUGUCUGUUUGCCGUUAUGCGCGCUGCCGUGUUCGCUUCGCACUCUCGUUGCGAUGUGACAGUAAGCAUGGCGCAGAAGGAGCGGAAGGCAGAUAUGUCGGGUACAGUGGAUGUCGGUAGACUCGUCGAUUCUAAUCAAGUGGAUGAUAGAAAAAUUAUUCGACUCGUAAAAGAACGAAGAUUGCUAUACGCAAGGAAUAACAUGCCUGUUGCUAGUUAUUACACAAAAGUAAAAUGUCUCUGGGAGGAAGUUGCAAGGGAGAUGGGUUGGAGUGUUGCCGAUGUUCGCAGAAAAUGGUCUCAUAUUCGUAAUUCGUACUCAAGACACUUAAGAAACGAGAUGCAUGGUGCACGCACGGGUAAGGGGCGAAUGGUUUCGCGAUGGUACCUUGCCGAUGAACUGGAAUUUCUCCGAGAUCAUAUGGCCACAGAUACACGGCCUUCCCCUUACCCGGCUUAUGCACCAACAUUUUUGGAAAUGGAUCUGGCGGAAUCUUCAAGCUCGGAGCAAGUUGAUGUAGUCAGGCAGGCC